CCCGACUCCAAUGACUCAACCCCUGUUUCACAAUUUUGUUUGCUCUCGGGGGCCUUCAGAUCGAUUGCGCGACUUUGGUGUUCGAUUUCCAAGCCCGCGCGCGAUCGAAGUAGUGCUCCUCACAGGUUAAUUUGCAUACGAUUGAUUCUAUGCGUUGUUUGUGAAAAAAGCCUGAACUUUGGGACCUGAAAGAGGAUCAAGAUGGCGCAAGAGCCUGGUGCAUCGCUCAUGGAUCUGAUUACAUCAGAUCCUCCACCACCUGGUAACCCAACAUUUCCUCCUCUUGGAAAGCCAGAGCGAUCCUCUAAGAACGUUCCUCCCCGGAAGUCAAAUGUGCAGAUGACACCAGAGUUGCUAUCAUCAAUCAAAACCUCAGUGCCUGGAAAGACUGGUCUCGGUCUUCCAAAACAAAAGAAGCCAGUAUCCUACUCUCAUCUUGCCAGGUCUCUCCAAGAACUUUCUACUUCCGCUGAUCAGAAAGCCGCUGCAAAGCAGCUCGUUCACCAAGUGUUUCCCAAGCUUGCCGUUUACAGCUCCGUUGAUCCCUCAUUGGCUCCCGCCCUGCUUGCGCUUCAUAAAUCAUCUGAGGAUAGAAGUGUACUACGCUAUGUCUAUUAUUUCUUCGCUAGAUUACUGGCAGAGAGUGGUGCCCAAGGUGUUACCUCUGGAGGGGGAUUACCAACUCCCAACUGGGAUGCUUUGGCAGACUUGAACCUUGCUGGAGGGACUGUGGUAACACGAGCAGAAGUUGUGCCACAAAUUAUUGCUCAACUCACGGCUGAAGCUGCAAUGUCAGAUCCUCUGUUGCAUCCUCGUCGCAUCGCAGCUCUUAAGGCUCUCAGUUUCGCUCCCACAUCCAGCAACGAUGUGUUGGCCAAUUUGUACGGGAUUGUAUUUGGUAUUCUGGACAAGGUUGCUGAUGCAGGUAAGCUGAAGAGGAAGAAGGGCAUGUUUGGGAGGCAGAGUGUGGACAAAGAGUCUGCGUUACGAAGCAACUUGCAAUAUGCCGCAUUGAGUACUUUGCGAAGAUUACCGUUGGAUUCUGGGAACCCUGCCUUUCUUCACAGAGCCGUUCAAGGAAUUGCAUGUGCAGAUCCAGUGGGAGUGAGGCAUGCGUUGUCAGUGGUGACAGAGUUGGCUACGAAGGAUACCACUGCAGUGGCUAUGGCAGUUGCUAAGGUUUCUCUUAAUGGAGGUUCAUUGCAAGAAGUGCUGCAGAUUCACGAUGUGCUUGCCCGUGUUUAUCUUGCUCGACUUUGUUACAUUCUUUCUCGAGCAAAAGUUCUGGAUGAAAGACCAGAAGUGAGGACUCAGUUUACAACUAUUUUAUACCAACUUCUCCUUGAUCCAAGUGAGAGGGUGUGCUUUGAAGCCGUCAGUUGUAUUUUGGGCAAGUUUGAUGCUUCUGAAAGCCUUGAAGACCGUGCCGUUGGUUGGGUUUUACUCACAACUGCCAUACUCAAAUUUCCCGAGCCACCUUCUCUGCCAGCCAAGGAUUCGAGUGGGGCAGCUGGAAAGGAUGGUGCCACCAAAGAAGGGAUACCACCUAGAGGGCCAAAAGAUCGUCAGGCCCCUAGACCACGCAGGCCCCAACCCCUUAUUAAGUUAGUGAUGCGAAGGUUGGAGGCCGCAUUACGGAGCUCGUCAAGACCUGUGCUUCACGGAGCUGUGCGCAUUGUUCAGGAGCUUGGAAAAAGUAGGGCAUCUGCAGUGGCCAUCCGUGGAUAUACUGUUGAUGAGAUGGCUCAACAAGACGAAUCAAUGAUUAAUCCUACUGCUGAUGCCAUGAAGGGAGAGGAUGAGGCUGGAGAUGCUGAAGCAGGUCAUCGCAGAACUGUGUCUGUGUCAGCUGGUGGUAAGGAAUCGAUUGCCAGCAUGGUUGCAAGUCUUGUAGAGGGCGUUCGAACGACUACUGCAUGUGAGUGUGUGUAUGUCCGAGCUGCAGCCAUCAAAGCUCUGAUCUGGAUGCAAAGUCCCUAUGAACCUGUUGAAGAGCUGAAGGCCAUUGUUAAUGGUGAAUUGGCUGAUCCAAACUGGCCUUCAGCAUUGCUGAACGAUAUACUGCUCACUUUGCACGCACGGUUUAAGGCCACUCCGGAGAUGGCUGUGAUAUUACUGGACAUAUCUAGGCUAUUUGCCACGAAGGUACCUGGGAAAAUUGACUCAGAUGUGCUACAACUUUUAUGGAAGACAUGUCUUGUAGGGUCAGGCCCUGAUGGAAAGCAUAAUGCGUUGGAGGCAGUUACAGUUGUGCUUGAUCUCCCUCCUCCACAGCCACUACAGAUGGUUGGAGGAAGAGCAACAGAGCGUGCUGAUCCAAAAUCAGCAAUUGCUCUGCAGCGGCUCGUGCAAGCUGCUGUGUGGUUUCUUGGAGAGAAUGCAAAUUAUGCGGCAGGAGAGUAUGCUUGGGAAUCAGCUACUUCUCCUAGUACAGCUCUUAUGAUGCUUGAUGGUGAUAAAAUGGUGGCUGCUGCAAGCUCUAGAAAUCCGACUCUUGCAGGAGCUAUUACUCGUCUUCAACGAUGUGCUAUCAGUGGCAGCUGGGAGGUGCGCAUCAUUGCAGCACAAGCUCUUGUAACUGUAGCGAUCAGAUCUGGUGAACCAUAUAGGAUUCAGAUCUACGAGUUUAUGCAUACCCUUGCUCAGGGAAGGACAAGAGAAAAGGUCGUAGGUGCAGAAGCUACUAAUGGAGAGGAUCAAGGUGCCAGUGGAACUGGUCUCAGCUCUAUAAUUGCACCAAUGUUGAGAGUUUUGGAUGAGAUUUACAAGGGUCAGGAUCAAUUUGUCAAGGAUACACGGGAACAUGACAACGCUAAACGGGAGUGGUCCGACGAUGACCUGAAGAAACUCUAUGAUACUCAUGAAAAACUUUUGGAUCUUGUGUCACUCUAUUGUUUUGUUCCUCGCUCGAAGUAUCUACCGCUUGGGCCUACUAGUGCGAAGCUAAUCAACUUAUAUCGUAAUGAGCACCGGAUCGAUGCAUCUGCUGGUUAUAAUGACCCAGCAGUAGCUACUGGAAUAUCAGAUCUACUUGACUACGGAGCAAGAGGAGGUGGUGUACAAUAUCCUCCUGUUAAUAUCGAGACUGGAGAUGACUUGAAUGUCACCUCAGAAUGGGGGAAUAAUCAACCUGGCGUGGAUAGGGUAAACGCGUUCAUGAAAGGUGGAGGUACUGAUGCUCCAGAAGAUGACGCAGAAGAAGAAGAGGAAGCGCGACCUUCUAUUUCGUAUGAUGACAUGUGGGCUAAGACACUUUUGGAUGGCUCUGACAGCUCGGACGACGAAGGUGGAUCAUCUGGGUCAUCGUCACCAACAUCAGCCGCAUCAUCAAGGCAUGGCAGCACUCGCUUUCCUGGAGGAUUGUUUACUGGAGGCCAGGCUUCGCGGCGGGAGGAUCCUUUUAAAUACCCCUCUACGGCUACUUCUGGCAUGAAAGAUAUGUCGACGAAAUCAGAGUCACCUAAGACAUCUGGACGGAAGUUUACUACAUCGGCAAGGAAUGAUUCAAUGAACUCGGAUAGUACUACUCGAGAUUCUCCUCGAAUGAGUUUCGAUGCGGGUAGUGAUGAUCGUCAAGAGCCUCAGUUCGGCAAAGCACUCUACGAUUUUACUGCUGGUGGCGAUGAAGAGCUCAACCUCACAGCGGGAGAAGAACUUGAGAUUGAAUACGAAGUGGAUGGUUGGUUCAUGGUGAAGAAAAAAAGACCAGGGCGCGAUGGAAAGUCGCAGGGGCUUGUUCCAGUUCUUUAUGUGUCUUAGUAUUCAUUAGCCCUCUAAUUGAGUUUCCUCUGUUCAAGCAGACAAUAGAGUAUUAUGCCUGGUCUUUGGGGACUAGCGACAUGCAUGCUCUUCACACUGUUUUUGCAACUAUUGAGACACUUUCUCUUGAAAGAAAACAGUAUUUACAAGAACCCAACAAAGACGUAGUCAGUCAAUAAGUCUUUGCCCAUCCGGCAAUGUUAUGCUUUGCUGACUGGUCUGUACUCGGUUGAAGGUCUUGGCUACAUUCUAGCUUUAGUUUUAAUGCUUGUCGAGAUGGAAGGGUUUUGGUAAUCAUGCCUACUGAUGGUAUGUACUUGUUUGAGCAGCCAACAGGAAUAAUUAGGGAACGUGUACUUAUGGCA